ACAAAAGUCGACGUGACUGCACGGAAAGGUUUAGAAAUGAACUCCUGAAGUCGUAGAAAAUUCAAGUGGCAAGCUCUUUGCACGAAGCUUUCAAGCUUCAUGCAAUAAUGAAAGACGGUUAGUUUCUUUCUUCACGUUGGCACAUUUUGUUUCUUCAACUCGCCUGUUCGUUACCGUGGCGACCGAUGAGAAGCAGUGAACGUGCUACGUCAUACUGAUGUGUCGUUCUCUUGGGAUGCAUCUCGAUUUCAUGAGCUCGGCAAGAGAGAAACACGGAAGGUAUGGCUGCCUCGGCAGGUGACGACUCCGUACUACGGCCUACGGCGCUUCAGCUGAAAAAUGUUGCCCUCAUAAUCCUUGCCAUGGCGCUUCCGGUAGCUGCUUGCAGAAUAGACGCUGAAAAUAACCCGUCCGAGUGUGGUGAACUGGAGCCGAUGGGAAGGAUAUACAACGGCGAUCCAGUCACCAAGGAGACGAUUCCAUGGAUGGUUGCAGUUUUCAGCAAGGAAAGAAGAUCGGUGAAGUAUUCAAGUUUGUGCGGCGGAAGCAUAAUCACAAGGAACGUUAUUCUGACGGCAGCGCAUUGUGUGGUGAACAAAGGCCGGUACGCGGCACAGGUAGACGUGAUGUACAACUUCACGCUGGAUGGCAAAUUCACUGGAGUGCACGCUCACAAGAUUAUCGUGCACCCAAGAUUUGUAAAACGAGGGGAGAUCGUGCAUGACGUGGCACUUGUGAAACUGCCAGUGGAUCUGGAAUUCAACAGAUUCAUGAAACCAGUGUGCCUGCCUACACAGAAAAUGAACGUUGCAGGAAAGAUUCUUGUUGUCGCCGGCUGGGGUCGGACAGGAUUGGGAAAAGGCAGCAAGAGCCUUCGGCGUGCUGAAGUUGUUGUUCUCACGGAUAAGCUGUGCCAAGAUAAGCUAAGAACAAGCAGAAAUAGGAUAAAGGCCGCACCUGGACCUGUAAUCUGUGCUUUCGGUAUAGGCAGUGGAGCCUGUCCGGGGGACUCAGGCGGACCGUUAACGCUCAGGGGUGACGAUGGAAGAACACUGCAACUCGGAAUUGUUUCUUCGGGACAGAACAAAUGCCCCCCAAACAGGCCACCGUUUUACGCGCGGGUCUCCAGUCUCAUGCAGUGGAUCGAAAAGGCUCUACACAACGUCCGAAUGUGGAGGAAGUAUAAGUUUGUACGAAAACAAGUUUCAGUUUACCUGCAAUGAGACGCCCUUCCAUUGCACCGUCGUGGAAAACUCAAGACGAAAACACUGGCGAAGUGGUUAAGCAUAGUGAAAAAGGCAGGGGUAAAACGCAUACACAAACAGUGCGUAUGAAAGAUGAUAAAUGCGGCCUAAACUGAGGAUAUUAUUAAAAUUGUUUGUUCAAUCACUGAAA